AUGGGUCGUGUCAUUAGGAACCAGCGUAAAGGUCGUGGCUCGAUCUUCACCGCCAACACCCGCCUGAACAAGGCUCCUGCCAAAUUCAGACAACUCGACUUCUCCGAGCGACAUGGCUACGUUCGAGGUGUAGUCAAAGAGAUCAUCCACGAUCCCGGCCGUGGCGCUCCUCUCGCAAAGGUCGUCUUCCGAAACCCAUACAAGUUCAAGGAUAGGACAGAGACGUUCAUCGCCAACGAGGGCAUGUACACUGGUCAAUUCAUCUACGCCGGCAAGAAUGCGAACUUGACUGUUGGCAACGUCCUUCCUGUUGGUGCUGUUCCCGAAGGUACCGUCAUCACCAACGUCGAAGAGAAGACUGGCGAUCGGGGUGCAUUGGGCAGAACCUCUGGCAACUACGUUACGGUCAUCGGUCACAACCCCGACGAGGGCAAGACCCGAGUCAAGCUUCCCUCCGGCGCGAAGAAGGUCAUUCUCAGCUCUGCUCGUGGCAUGAUUGGUAUCGUUGCAGGUGGUGGCCGUACAGACAAGCCGAUGUUGAAGGCAUCGAGAGCGAAGCACAAGUUCGCCGUCAAGCGCAACUCCUGGCCCAAGACUCGUGGUGUUGCUAUGAAUCCCGUCGACCAUCCUCACGGUGGUGGUAACCAUCAGCAUAUUGGUAAAGCCUCGACGAUUUCAAGAUACGCUGCACAAGGUCAGAAAGCUGGUCUCAUCGCUGCUCGCCGCACUGGUCUGCUCCGCGGUACCCAGAAGACGAAGGACUAG